AUGGCGACGUACGAUCGUCCCAAUACGUAUGGUCGCCUGUUUGUUGUAGAUCGUCGGUCGAAGAUGCAAUUUAUUGUCGAUACAGGUAGCGACAUUUGUGUCUUCCCACGGCGAGGACUACAUGAGCGUCGUCCUAAAUCAGAUUUUGAAUUAUCUGCUGCAAACGGUACAACAAUUAACACAUUCAGAUAUACUCAUCUAGAUUUGGAUAUUGAUUUACGUCGCGAUUUCCCAUGGCGUUUCAUCGUUGGUGAUGUCACUAAAACAAUUAUAGGAACUGAUUUCUUGAAGUUCUAUGGCCUUCUUGUAGACAUAGGUAACCAACGUUUGCUGGACAAUACAACGAAAUCUAUCGUUUGUUCUCCUGCUCACUCAUCAACUGCCAUUUCUUCUAUCAAGAUACCAAACGGUGACUCACGGUACGACCAAAUCCUGAAAGAUUUUCCUGAAAUCACACAACCAUCUGGAAGACAAGCUGAAGUUAAGCACCGUACUGUUCAUUUUAUCAGGACCACACCAGGACCACUUAUAUCCUGCACACCACGCCGCCUCGCGCCAGACAAAUUAAAAAUAGCAAACACAGAAUUUGAGAAUAUGCUGAAAUUGGGUAUUACACGACCUUCAGAAAGCUCCUGA